UUCACUUGGUACCGUCACUGUGGUACGCUCUAGGCCGCUCUAUAUUGCUGACUCUAUCUAGCUCUACACUGCUUGCUUGAUUCCGCGCAUCAUGUGUUCGGACGCCUUGCGCAACGUUGUUACCAUCUAAACAAAGGAUACUCAAGAGACUGUAAGUUAUCCAUCACUGUGGUCCUAGAGAUGUUGUUCUUCGGUUCUUGUGUUUUGUUUACCUUUGUUUGUUACCUGUGAAGUGUUGGUGUGGCGGAGUCGGCCCUGGAGGCAGCAACGCGUUAUCCAGUGCACUACACAACUAGCUUAAUUGGAUCUGCGCCGUGUUGUGGGCGUCUGGUUCACAGUGACUGGUGACGCCUUUCCGCCAUAUUGGGUUUCGAUGGAUCACAUGGUUUCGGGCUUUAAAUAAAGGAUCGACAUUCAGUAGCAGGUGGUUGCACCGUCGAGCGCUAUCCGUGUGAGCCGGGGGUGAGGCACACAUGUCCUCGGCUCGAGAGACGCCCCUUGCAGUGGGGCCAUGCGUGAGCUAGACGGCCCCACGCUCCGACACCUGACCAAGGACCAACAGCCCCACAUUCAUGUACACCCCCUGCUCGACGUUGACGAGCUGGAGAAGAGGAUUCCUCUCGCAGCGCAGACAAGUUACUGCGCAGAGCUGGAGGAGUUGCAGGAGCUGCUCCACUUCCCUGAAGAGGUUGCUCUGCGCCUGGCCGACACCGAGUAUCAACUCUUCUAUCAGGUUCCACCGAUCGAUUACCUUCGGCAGGUGACCUUGGACCUUGGAGGAGCCACGGGCACGUCGUCGGACAGCCUUCCUGGCAACUCCUCCGCGAGGUCUUCUGUAGCCACUCUCAUCAAACGCUUCAACGAGGUUAGCGCGUGGGUGACACAGCUGAUAAUCUCCCAGCCUACGCACGAUGCUCGACGAGCCGUUCUUUCGUGCGUCCUCCGAGUGGCGUUAUCCUGCUGGAACAUCGGCAACUUCAAUGGAGCCAUGGAGAUUAUUGCCGGCCUCAAGUCCAACAAACUCAAGCCAUUUUGGCUGUCCAUUACGGAGAAAGAGACGUUGCCGGUGCUGGACUUCCUAUCGGCGGCGCUCCUCUCUGCGGAAUAUGAUCGUGCCUUAAGCAGGGCCUUGGCCAUGGCCGAAUGUCCGGUGGUGCCGUUCUUCGGGGCCUUCCUGCGCGAACUGCGGGAGAUCCUGGCGUCGGGACCACCAGGACACGAUCCCGCCGCGGGCUCGGAAGCCAUGCCGCCGCCGAAGCCGCCAAAGGCAGACAUGCGCAGAGAUCGGGACCAACAGCAACAGCAAAGACAAGUGUUCAUAUCAGAUUACAAUGGAGAAGACCACCACUUCACCAAAAUUGGCCCUGGCGGACUCAUCAACUUGGAAAAAAUUUAUCGGACGCAAGCCGUAAUGGACCACAUUUCCCUUUGCCAUCAGCACUAUCACACCCGCAAUCGUCUUUCACCUACCGUUAGUCUCAUCGAAUAUCUUAAGUCGUCGACUGUAAAUGAGCAGCGCGUUUUAGCAGCUGCACCCCCACAAAGAACUGAAUUAGACGCUGAAUAUGACUGUGAUGUAGAUGACUAUCAUCCUGUACAACCGCUCGUUCACGAUCAUGGCGUUAGCUUCGUUUGUCUUUCGUCUCCUCUUACGAAAAUUGACCAACACGUCAUACAGAUCCUGCACCACGGCAGCACGGCCGUCCUGUGGGAGGGCGUCGAAGGGCCGUCUCCGCCCGGCCUCCGCGGAGUCCUGCUCUACCUGAGGCUGGAUCGGUCCUCCACGACGCUGACGUGGGUGCGUCCCAGUUGGAGUGGACUGAAGGCCGGCAACACGAACGACUCCGAUCCCUUUUCUACCGACUUUAAUUUAUCUUUUAAUCCUGAAGAGACUCUAGCUCCGGGCCUACUCACUAAACUGGCAUUACAAGCUUCCGGAGAACAGUCCACCGGAACGACGCUGGACGACGGAUUUCUGGAUUUAAUGGCAGUUAAAGAAGUCCACUUAGGAGGACGAGACGCCGAGAAAGAAUCCGAACUCGCCACAGUAGCUCGAAGGUACGGCCUCACUCACGAACCAGGAAACGAAUGCGCCCUCACUAUCCUCUACGGAUAUGGCUUAAGCGAUAACAGAUUGCUCUACAUCGUGUGUCCAUCAGCUAUAUGCAGGGUGUGGUUUAGCGGUUUAUGUUGGCUAAUCCGAGGUCUAUCCAGACAGAGCACGUUGUCAGACCGGCGACUCCUCUGGUUACGAGAACAAUACAUGCAACUGUAUCACGAAGACGGAUAUUGUUGCGGUCCCUUAGCCGCCGACGCAAUCAGGUCUUUUGGGGGCAGAGACUGGUCCCUUGCCGGCAUGACAGGUACAAAUCAACCUGGAGAGCCGUCGGGUGCUUUACGGAGGGAAGUUUCGAUGAAAAUCAAGAAGAAACAACUGCUGAGUAAUCAAACGUUCAAAGAUCGCAGCUUGAGGAGUCAGUUCGUGGAGCCGACGACAAUGUGUAUGGAAAGCAGCUACUGGAGAAAUCCCACGCACCACCGUCAAUCCACACCCACGACUUUUCCAGAUCAUCAACCGGAUGUCUCCAGACACCACAGUUUAGGUCAACUGGCGUACAACUCGUCGCAGCCCAAGUUUGACAGCUUCGAUUUUAAAUUAACCACUAUUGAAGAAGUGGCCAAAAUAAUAAAUGACCUAAAAUGUAAUGCCUGUGGUUGUGACGAUUUGUUGGCCGACACACUUAUUUGUUGCCCGAUUGUAGGUAGUCAUAAAGGAGACCGGCACGGCUCGACGGAACACUUGUGGCACGGAAGGCAUCCGAGAGUAGGCUCAAUUCUUUACGAUACUCAAUUAGACUUCGUAGACUUCGUUACUCUUUUUCGUUCGUUUAGUUUAUUAAUUCGGAAAGAUUUAAGAGAUCUCUUCGAACAACUAGCAAUAUCUUAUCGAAGCAUGGCUGUGAAUACUUCAACAAAAGUAAACGGUGUCAAAACAAAAGUCGAAGCGAAAAAAAUGCAGAAGCUCGGUUUGCUGACGAGGAACAGUCGAGCCGAGCUCGAGGGGACCGUCGUCAACUCCCAGAAGAAGAUAUUCGACGCAAUCGCUGCCGCAAGUAUCUUCACCAACUGCGCCGGAAUUGACACAAACAAUUCGCAAGUGAUCACGAUGUCCACUUUCACCAAGUUUCUUGAGACCAGGCAGAUGGAAGUUUGGACCGAGGAACAAGUCAAAGCUCUCAUACAUAGGCACGAAUCGGACGCGACCCUGCGGGCCCAGAACUGCUUGUCCUUCGAGGGCUUCGCUCGUUACCUAAUGGACAAAGAUAAUUACGCCUUUGUGAAUGAACGCGAAGUUCCUAAUGAAAGUGAUAUGGGUAGACCGAUGUCGACUUACUACAUAGCCUCCUCCCACAACACGUAUCUCACGGGACACCAGCUGAAGGGAGAGUCGUCCGUCGAGCUCUACAGCCAGGUUUUGCUGACCGGCUGCAGGUGCGUGGAGCUGGACUGCUGGGACGGUGAUGAUGGCUUUCCCAUGAUCUACCAUGGACAUACUUUCACCACAAAGAUCCCCUUCAACGCCGUCGUCGAGACGAUCGAUCGAAAUGCCUUUGUUACUUCUCCGUAUCCUGUGAUCCUUUCGAUAGAGAACCACUGCUCGCUGCAACAGCAGACCAGAAUGGCCCACGUGUUCCAGAGGGUUUUUGGAGAGAAGUUGGUUACAAAUUUCUUAUUUGAAACUGACUAUAGUGAUGAACCGUCGUUGCCUUCACCAGAACAAUUAAAAAAUAGGAUUCUUAUAAAAAAUAAAAAGUUAAUAAUGGAAGUGCCUGCGCCGUUAAGUUUUACAGCGAUGUCUACGCCUGGCAGACCUGGUUCGGGUAUAAGGCACUCAGUUCCCGGUCGGACCAGUUCAAUAAUCAGCAACACCAGCAGUAGUUCCUUCAAUGACGACUUCAGCGAUGACGACUACGACGAUGAAGAUGACGAAGACAAUAUCGACGAAAAAGCAAUCCACGGAAUCUUGACCGCCAACGAAUCCCCGCGCCCCUACGGCGUCCCGCACACCGUCUCCAAGACCAGUUCGACCAAGCGCGCCGCCCCCGACGACAAGAUGAAGAAACGCAGCAGCCAGAUCUCCAAAGAGCUCUCCGACAUGGUGGUCUACGUCCAAGCCAUCAAAUUCCGCGGCCUCAACACCAUCAGCCCCAGCAGCUCCGUCAAGCAGAGGCAAAGAGCGUGUCUGUCGAGCUCCGGCAGUUCCAUCGUCACCACCGGAAGCAGCUCGGCUUCCAAUAUUAGCUCGUCGGGGAUCUCGUCCAACGAGUCCGAAAUCACCAUCUUCGAGACGGAGAUGAAGCAAGCGCGGCCGAACGUGAACCUCCCGUGCUACCAGUGCUCGUCUAUCAACGAGAACACGGCGAAGAGGUUGUGCAAGAGGCAGCCCCAGGGGGUGGUGGCGCACACGCAGACGCAGUUGAUGCGGACGUACCCGGCGGGGAUGAGGAUAGAUUCGUCGAAUUUCAACCCGGUGAUUUUUUGGUCGUUCGGGUUGCAAAUGGCGGCGCUGAACUACCAGACGGACGACACACCCAUGCAGUUGAACACCGCGAUGUUUGAACAGAACGGGAGGGCAGGGUAUGUGGGGAAACCCAGCGUCAUGUGGGAUAGGUCGCACGUGAUGUAUAGGAGGUUCAACCCGUGGGAUAAGGAGUUCGAUGGGUUGCAUUCGUCCCAGAUUGUGAUUAACAUAGUGUCAGGGCAGUACGUGAGUCAGAGCAACGUCAACUUGAGUACUUACGUGGAAGUAGAGAUUAUUGGGAUACCUGUUGACUGCAAUAAGCAGAAAACGAAGAUCGUGCAGAAGAACGCCUUAAACCCGAUUUGGAACGACACGUUUCAUUUUCGAGUUCUGUUCCAGGAUUUGGCUUUCUUGAGGUUCACCGUGAUGGACGUUACUAGUAAUCAUUUAUUAGCACAGAGGAUUUUGCCGUUGAAGUGUCUGCGACCUGGGUAUAGACACCUCCGGUUAAGAUCCCCCCAGAACAAGUAUCUCAACAUGUCGACUCUCUUCAUCUACUCCCGCGUGGAGGAAGAGAGUCUCGAGAACUCGGAAACGCGAGACGGCAUGGAGAGGAGCCAACCAGAAACCGAACCAAAGAUUCAAGUCGACCCUAGCGCCGACAGCACGUACUUAGGGAUCUCGGGGACGCCACUCUGCGUCAAACGACGCAUGUUCUUUCUCAUGGUCUACGGCGUCGUCUCCGAGGAACCCUACACGAUCUUGAAGAUCACACAAGAGUCGACUACUCAAGACGUCCUCUCGCUGUGUUUGCAGAAGGCUAAUAUCCCGACGAACAAAAUCAAUGACUACAUUCUCGUCGAAGAGGUGGCACGGAGUUGGGAGAAGAAAGACCACAACCUUCCAGCAACCCAGCGGAUUCUGGAUCUUCACGAGCGUCCUCUCCAAGCGCAGUCCCAGUGGAAGGGCGAGGGUCGCUUCAUCCUCAAACGUAUGGGUGACGACCCCAGUAGUCGAGCCUGGUUGUCUUCAAUCCGCAGCGUCGCCAACCGGGAACGAGAAGCCCGCAAGUCAGACGGAGCCCCUAGUAACGCCUGGGAAGAAAACGAUACUUUCCUAGUGUGUAUAUAUAACGUGUCUCCGGAGAUUCCUUACGCUAUCUUGAAAGUACCGUUGAAUGCGUGCGCUCAAGACGUUCUUGCUCAAGCUCUAGUCAAGGCUCGGCGCCUGGAAGACCCCAUGAACUUCGCCGUAGUCGAAGAACUGGAAUGGGGUGGUGCUAGUCAUAACAUCCAGCAGCGCCGAUUAGCCGACGACGAGAACGUCUACAGCGCGCAGAGCCACUGGCAGACCAUCGGUAGAUUCAUCAUGCAGGAGAAGUCUAGUCUUUCGACGCCCACUUCGCUGCGUAAGAACCGCAUAACCUCCAGCUUGAGGCUGGCCACUCUGGAUCGCAUCAGCCGCGGUUUGAACGUCGCGAGGAGUGUCGCCACGAACAGUAUUAAAGUGCCCGUGCAAGUCGCGCUCAGUGACCCUACGACUUCCAAGUGGAAGAACAAGAGUGCCGAGGAGAGGAGCAAGGCGGUGCCGCGGGCCAAAGUGAACUCGGAGAAGGACACCGCCGUGACGGCGGGCUCGCAGAAGCAGCAGUGCCAGAGGGAGGUGCACUCGGAGGGAGAGACUCUGAGUGACGAGGACGGGAAGGAGUCGGAUCUCAUGGCGACAGUGUCGCGGUUGAAGAAGGUUUCGCUGAGGAAGUUCAAAGAGUGGAAAUCAUGACUUCUGGACUAACUUUUAGUGCGUUUUUAUUAAAUACUUUGACACUGAAGUGUUUGUAUUCUUACAGCUUUAAUGAAAUAGGGUUGUUAGAUGUAGCAACAUAGAUAGUGUUAAAGUUUGUAUUCUACAAAAUCUAUUUUGCUACUACUUAUUUUGUGUUUGUUACGAUUUUGGCACUUUUCAUUCGAAGUGAAACGAUGUGGUUUGAGCUGCAGCUUGACGCUGGCACUUUCUUUGUACUUAUAUUGUCGACUAAAGUUGUACUGGGAAUUUUACAGUUAACUGUUGAUUUUAGAGGCUUGUAUAAAUUGUUCUUUACAAGUUAUGUUGAAUUUGUUUUGUUUUACUAGCUCUGUUGAGAGUUAACUACGACCCCAUCAGUCUUGUCAUGUAAGAGCAUAUCUCAAAUAUAUAGUUUGCCUUGAUGACGAUUUUUGUGAUGUUAUUAAUAUGUUCUAGAGUUUAUUAUAUAAUUUAUUGAAAUAAUUUUAUUGUUAUUAAUAUAAUAGUAAAUUAAUGAUGAUAGCUAAUUAUUAUUAAAGAUGAUGAACUAUAAUACCUACUUAACUAAUGGAAAAUGUACUUAUAAAAUUGUCUCUAUCAUGUUUCUCAUAUCUCUUGACAUAUUUAUUGACUUCUUAAAUUACUAAUUUCAUUUCACAUAUCCCAAAGAUCAAC